AUGGCGGCCACUGAAGGUGGAGCUGUGGUCUCUUCUCUCUCCGUUGUGGUGGCGGUGACCCUCCUCUUUCUCGCCUCCGGGGAGGAGCUGCCCAGGAUAACGCACCACCCUGAGAACGGGGGGAUGCUCAGCUUGCUGGUCGUCGGAGACUGGGGGCGGCGAGGCCUCUACAACCAGUCUAACGUCGCCGCGCAGGUCUCUCCUAUCCCAUCUUCAUUGAAUGGUCUUCUCCUCUCUCUCUCUGACGGAGGGAGUAUCUGGGAUUCCGGCAGAUGGGGAAGGCCGGCGAGCGGCUGGGCAUCGACUUCGUGGUCUCCACCGGCGACAACUUCUACGAGGAUGGCCUCACCGGCGUCGACGACCCCGCCUUCAUGGAGUCCUUCACUUACCUCUACACCGCCGCCAGCCUCCAGAAGCCCUGGUACAGCGGUGAGCCUCCCACACUCUCCCUCUUCGUAGAAGCCCGUAGCCAUUAAUCAAUUCCGUGGUCUCGUCUCCUCCAACAACCAAGACCAAUGUUUCUGACCAUGAAUACCAUUCUUUUCUUUGCCUAUCCUUGAUUGAUGAUAAAAAUAUUCUCAUGAUUCGAUUGGUUGCGCCAUUUAUCUGAUUUAUCUAUUGAAAAAAUCUAAGAAUUGGUCAAAAGUUGCUUUCGAGGUUGCUUUUUUUUAUUUUAAAAAAUCGAAAUAUCUAAAACUCAGAUUGUUCUAUUACCACCCCAGUACUAGGAAAUCAUGACUACCGAGGAGAUGUGAUGGCACAACUAGACUCAGCGCUGAGAAUUAUCGACACCCGGUGGCAGUGCAUGAGGUCCUUCAUCCUCGACACUGGUAACCCACCAACCAUAUCAAUAGAUACCACCACCGCCACCAUCAUUACUAAUAAUAGUAGGUCUGAUGAGUUAUCGGCGGCGGUGGAGCAGGGGUGGCGGAGUUCUUCUUCGUGGACACGACCCCCUUUGUGGUGCAUUACUGGGAGAACCCAGAGGACCACCAGUACGACUGGAGGGGAGUGGCUCCCAGGGAAGCCUACGUGGGCAAGCUCCUCAAGGUAGGAGAAGGAGGGGCACGAGGAGGGGGGGGGGGGGUUGACCAGGGAGGUUGACUAUGGGCUCUCUGUGUAGGAGCUGGACAUGGCGCUGGCGGCAUCGGCGGCUAGGUGGAAGUUCGUAGUGGGGCAUCACACCAUCAGGAGCGUGAGCGACCAUGGCGACACUGAGGAGCUUGUGGAGCUUCUCCUUCCUAUUCUUCAGGUAUUCUAGUAUCUCCUUCCUUGUCUUGUUUGAGGCCCAGAGCUAUGAUGAACAAGAAAGCUUCAUUUCUUUUUAUAGUAUUAGAGAGAGAGGGAGAGGGAGAGGGAGAGGGAGAGGGAGAGGGAGAGGGAGAGGGAGAAUUAUUUAGGAAGCAGAUGACUACCUGUGUGAACAAUAUGUAUGCUCGCCUCUAUGUCGUAAUGAGUAGGGCCAAUAGUCCCUUCCUCAAGCUUACACUGAAUAUCAUGUAAAAAAACAUUUUUAUUUGAUAACUUAUUUCAGAUUUUUUCCAAGAAAUGUCUGAUAAUUUCUUUAGCCGAGUUCCUUAACAACAUUUUUAAUGAUACAGAGAAGGAACGUCGACCUCUACAUUAACGGCCAUGACCACUGCCUUGAGCACAUCGGAAGCCGCCACAGGUUGCCCUCUCAAUGCCUCGUGAUGAUCCCCAUCACAUCAAAUUCGUCGCUAGCCAUCCUCACUAUACACUUCCUCUUCUUCGUCUUCCUCGUCUCCCAUUUAGCUCGUCUUUUUCUCCCUCAUCCCUAUACCUCUCCUCCGUCUUCCUUUCCCCUCAGUUGUCUUCUUCUUCUCAUCGUGCAGUCAGCUACAGUUCCUGACCAGCGGAGGAGGAUCAAAGGCAUGGAGGGGUGUCUUCGCACCCAACACAGACGAGGUGCGGUUCUUCUACGAUGGUCAGGGCUUCAUGUCCAUGCAGGUGACCCCAUCCCAUCUGGAGGUCGUCUUCUAUGACGUCCAUGGCCGGGCUAUUUAUACCUGGGGAACCAGCAAGGACCUUCUUCACCCCUUCGUGUAG